AUGUCCCCACCUCUCCGAAGUCACUCAUCAGUAAUCACUGAAGCGGUGAAAGAAUUUGGUCCUCCUUCACUUGUGCCAUCAAAACCUUUACCCCCAUCUCACAUUGCUCCACCCAAGUCAUUGCUAUCACUCACACCAUCUACUCCUGUGAUUCCACCGAAGUCAUAUCCACAACCAAAGUCAUCUCCUCCGGCUCCAUCUCCUACAGUGCAAUGCACCACUAAUCUGUUCAUGGACUUGAUUGGCUGUGUGGAUUUUGUGUCCGAUGGGAGUAAGAUCGCAAACCCAAGUAAAGGGUGUUGCGGUGGCCUUGAGAAAAUAGUGAAUGUAGCCCCUAGCUGUGUUUGUCAGGCCUUCAAUUUUGCUAAGGGUUUUGGGAUUUCUGUGAAUAUGACUAAGGCUCAACAGCUUCCUUCUUUAUAUGGAUUUUCUACUAAUAUCCACUGUGAUGAAUUUGAUCCUCCUUCACCUGAAUUUGGUCCUCCUUCACCUGUGCCAUCAAAACCUUUGCCCCCAUCUAACCUUGCUCCACCCAAGUCAUCGCCAUCACCCACACCAUCUGCUCUAGUGAUUCCACCGAAGCCAUCUUCACUACCAAAGUCAUCUCCCCCGGCUCCAUCUCCUACAUUGCAAUGCACCACUAAUCUAUUCAUGGACUUGAUUGACUGUGUGGAUUUUGUAUCCGACGGGAGUAAGGUCGCAAACCCAAGUAUAGCGUGUUGCGGUGGCCUUGAGAAAAUAGUGAACGUAGCCCCUAGCUGUGUUUGUCAAGCCUUCAAUUUCGCUAAGGGUUUUGGGAUUGCUGUGAAUAUGACUAAGGCUCAACAGCUUCCUUCUUUAUGUGGAUUUUCUACUGAUAUCCAUUGUGCUGUGCUAUCAAAACCUUUUCCCCCGGCUAACCUUGCUCCACCUAAGUCAUCGCCAUCACCCACACCAUCUGAUCCAGUGAUUCCACCGAAGCCAUCUCCACUACCAAAGUCAUCUCCCCCUGCUCCACCUCUUACAGUGCAAUGCACCACUAAUCUGUUCAUGGACUUGAUUGGCUGCGUGGAUUUUGUGACCGAUGGGAGUAAGGUCGCAAACCCAAGUAUAGGGUGUUGUGGUGACCUUCAAAAAAUAAUGAAUGUAGCUCCUAGCUGUGUUUGUCAGGCCUUCAAUUUCGCUAAAGGUUUUGGGAUUGCUGUGAAUAUGACUAAGGCUCAACAACUUCCUUCUUUAUGUGGAUUUUCUAUUGAUAUCCACUGUGCUGUGCCAUCAAAACCCUUGCCCCCAUCUAACCUUGCUCCACCCAAGUCAUCGCCAUCACCCACACCAUCCGCUCCAGUGAUUCCACCGAAGCCAUCUUCACUACCAAAGUCAUCUCCCCCGACUCCAUCUCCUACAAUGCAAUGCACCACUAAUCUGUUCAUGGACUUGAUUGGCUGUGUGGAUUUUGUGUCCGAUGGGAGUAAGGUCGCAAACCCAAGUAUAGGGUGUUGCGGCGACCUUGAGAAAAUAGUGAAUGUAUCCCCUAGCUGUGUUUGUCAGGCCUUCAAUUUCGCUAAGGGUUUUGGGAUUGCUGUGAAUAUGACUAAGGCUCAACAGCUUCCUUCUUUAUGUGGAAUUUCUACUGAUAUUCACUGUGCUGAAUUAGGUCCUCCUUCACCUAUGCUAUCAAAACCUUUUCCCCCAGCUAACCUUGGUCCACCCAAGUCAUCGCCAUCACCCACACCAUCUGAUCCAGUGAUUCCACCGAAGCCAUCUCCACUACCAAAGUCAUCUCCCCCGGCUCCAUCUCCUACAGUGCAAUGCACCACUAAUCUGUUCAUGGACUUGAUUGGCUGCGUGGAUUUUGUGUCCGAUGGGAGUAAGGUCGCAAACCCAAGUAUAGGGUGUUGCGGCGGCCUUGAGAAAAUAGUGAAUGUAUCCCCUAGCUGUGUUUGUCAGGCCUUCAAUUUCGCUAAGGGUUUUGGGAUUGCUGUGAAUAUGACUAAGGCUCAACAGCUUCCUUCUUUAUGUGGAAUUUCUACUGAUAUCCACUGUGCUGAAUUAGGUCCUCCUUCACCUAUGCUAUCAAAACCUUUUCCCCCAGCUAACCUUGGUCCACCCAAGUCAUCGCCAUCACCCACACCAUCUGAUCCAGCGAUUCCACCAAAGCCAUCUCUACUACCAAAGUCAUCUCCCCUGGCUCCAUCUCCUACAGUGCAAUGCACCACUAAUCUGUUCAUGGACUUGAUUGGCUGUGUGGAUUUUGUGUCCGAUAGGAGUAAGGUCGCAAAACCAAGUAUAGGGUGUUGCGGCGGCCUUGAGAAAAUAGUGAAUGUAGCCCCUAGCUGUGUUUGUCAGGCUUUCAAUUUCGCUAAGGGUUUUGGGAUUGCUGUGAAUAUGACUAAGGCUCAACAGCUUCCUUCUUUAUGUGGAUUUUCUACUGAUAUCCACUGUGCUGAAUUUGGUCCUCCUUUACCUGAAUUUGGCCCUCCUUUAUCUGUGCCAUCAAAACCUUUUCCCCCAUCUCACCUUGCUCCACCCAAGUCAUCGCAAUCACCCACAUCACUUGCUUCGGUGAUUCCACCAAAGCUAUCUCCACAACCAAAGUCAUCUCCCCCGGCUCCAUCUCCAACACAACCGUUGAACUCUGGUGCCACGAAAUUUUUAAUUUCUUCUGCAGUCCUUCUUGUUAGUCUAGUUAUUGCUACAUGUUCCUAUCUUUGA